GACCAUUAGGCUAACCCUAAGGACUGUGUGGCUUCUCUCUCCUGGGUCCCCCUGUUGACUGUCGGCUAGUCUUGGGUGCCAAGGAUUCAGAGAGGCCCUCCCUGGGCACUGAGGUACACUGAUGGAAAAGAGGCUGAACGUUUGGGGACAGUAAGGAGAGGAGGUGGUGAGAGCCCUCAGGAGCGGGCCCUGGUCAAGCGGCGGCCAUUUGUGGAUUUAACGGAAAGAGAGCGGCUCAGACUCUGCGUAAAAAGAUGCCUCUGAGAGGAGAGGACGGGCACAGCAGGAAAGCAAGGAGCCUGCGCAGUUGUGUGGCAAUGGAGAUGGCUUGGACGAGGGAGGUGAAAGAGGAAAGGAGACCAUGGCAGGGACCAUGUCGAGGAGGAGAUGGGCUAGACUCUAGAAGAUGCAGCUGAUGUUCACGGAAGAGUCAGCGACAGGGUCAGGCACAGCUUGCACAACGGCCCCCAGGACCGUGGGAUUCCAGAGAACAGACGGGCUCAGAGGCUGGGGAAUGGUUUCCUCCCGGAGGGCCGAGUUGCGGACCGGAAGUAAGGGCGGAAGCGCAGCGCUUACAACAUCUACUCCGCGCUUCAUCCCGCGAAGUUUGAACCUGCUGACAGUGGAGGGCGCGGGGCCUCGCAGAGUCCGUUGGGUUCUGCAGAAGACCAGAUUCACAAGCCGGAUUCUGCAAAAGCUCCGCGCGGAGACAAGUGAACUGAGAGACUUCCUAAAAAGACAAAUGAAGUGGUCUGUGUGAGCUGUGGAGAUUCUUGCAGAGAAUAGCACUGAGUGGCUGAGACCCUGAGAUGGUCAGCGAGAACACCAGAAGGGAUUUGUCUCACCAACAUAAACAGCCUACACUUCAGCCAACCACUGUGGUCCCUGAGAACAGGCUGAUAUGCCCAAGAUAGUUCUGAAUGGUGUCACGGUGGAUUUCCCUUUCCAGCCUUAUCAAUGCCAACAGGAGUACAUGAGUAAGGUCCUAGAAUGUUUGCAGAAGAAAGUGAAUGGCAUCCUAGAGAGCCCCACAGGCACAGGGAAGACGCUCUGCCUCCUCUGCACCACACUAGCCUGGCGGGAACAUCUCCGGGACACUGUCUCUGCCCGUAAGAUUGCUGAGAGAGUACAUGGAGAGCUUUUCCUUGAUCAGUCAUUGUCAUCCUGGGGGAAUGCCACUGCUGCUGAUGGAGAACCCAUAGCUUGCUACACAGAUAUCCCAAAGAUCAUCUAUGCCUCCAGGACCCACUCACAGCUCACACAGGUCAUCGGCGAGCUUCGGAAUACUGCCUACCGGCCCAGAGUGUGUGUGCUGGGCUCCCGGGAGCAGCUGUGUAUUCACCCAGAGGUGAAGAAGCAGGAGAGUAACCACAUGCAGAUCCACUUGUGUCGCAAGAAGGUAGCAAGUCGUUCCUGUCAUUUCUACAACAAUGUUGAAGAGAAAAGCCUGGAGCAGGAGCUGGUCACCCCCAUCCUGGACAUUGAGGACCUGGUCAAGAAUGGGAGCAAGCACAAAGUGUGCCCUUACUACCUUUCUCGGAACCUGAAGCAGCAAGCCGACAUUAUCUUUAUGCCAUACAAUUACUUGUUGGAUGCCAAGAGUCGCAAGGCACACAACAUUGACCUGAAGGGGACUGUCGUGAUCUUUGAUGAAGCUCACAAUGUGGAGAAGAUGUGUGAGGAGUUGGCCUCCUUUGACUUGACACCCCAUGAUGUGGCUUCAGGACUGGAUGCUAUUGACCAAGUGUUGGAGGAACAGACCAGGGUGGCACAGCAGAGUGAGCUCCAGCUGGAGCUCAGCACAGAUCCCACCAGCUCAGGACUAAACAUGCAGCUGGAAGACAUCGCCAAGCUGAAGAUGAUCCUUCUUCACCUGGAGGGAGCCAUCGAUGCUGUCCAGCUACCCGGAGAUGGUAGCGGUAUCACUAAGCCGGGAAGCUAUAUCUUCAACCUGUUUGCUGAGGCCCAGAUAACAUUUCAGUCCAAGGUCUGCAUCCUGGAAUCACUGGACCAGAUCAUCCAGCACUUGGCAGGACGUGCCGGAGUGUUCACCAAUACAGCUGGGCUGCAGAAGCUCAUGGACAUCAUCCAGAUUGUGUUCAGUAUGGACCCCACUGAGGGAAGCCCUGGGAUCUCACAGUCCUAUAAGGUGCACAUACAUCCUGACGUUGGACCCCGGAGGGCAGCUCAGCGGUCAGAUGCCUGGAGUGCUACUGCAUCUAGGAAGCAAGGGAAGGUACUCAGCUACUGGUGCUUCAGCCCGGGCCACAGCAUGCGGGAGCUGCUCUGCCAGGGCGUCCGCACCCUCAUCCUGACCAGCGGCACACUGGCCCCGCUCUCCUCCUUCGCCCUGGAGAUGCAGAUCCCCUUCCCAGUCUUACUGGAGAACCCACACGUCAUCGAGAAGCACCAGCUCUGGGUGGGGGUCAUCCCCCGAGGCCCCGAUGGAGCAGAGCUGAGCUCUGCAUUUGACAAGCGGUUUUCUGAGGAGUGCUUGUCCUCUCUGGGAAAGACGCUGGGCAACAUCGCCCGUGUAGUGCCUCAUGGGCUCCUAGUCUUCUUCCCUUCCUACCCUGUCAUGGAGAAAAGCCUGGCAUUCUGGCGGGCCCGAGACUUGGCCAGGAAGAUGGAGGCGCUGAAACCUCUGUUUGUGGAGCCCAGGAGCAAAGGCAACUUCUCUGAGGUUAUUGAUGCUUAUUACCAGCGUGUCACCUCCCCUGGGUCUAGUGGGGCUACCUUCCUAGCUGUGUGCCGGGGCAAGGCCAGCGAGGGGCUGGACUUCUCAGAUGUAAAUGGCCGGGGUGUGAUCAUCACGGGUCUCCCAUACCCACCACGCAUGGACCCACGGGUUGUCCUCAAGAUGCAGUUCCUGGAUGAGAUGCGGGGCCAGAGCCAAGCUGGAGGUCAGUUCCUCUCAGGGCAAGAAUGGUACCGGCAGCAAGCAUCCAGGGCUGUGAACCAGGCCAUUGGGCGGGUGAUCAGGCACCGCCAUGACUAUGGGGCCAUCUUCUUGUGUGACCACAGGUUCUCCUAUGCAGACGCCAAAGCCCAGCUGCCCUCCUGGGUGCGCCCCUACAUCAAAGUGUACAACAACUUUGGCCAUGUCAUCCGGGAUGUAGCCCAGUUCUUCCGUGUUGCUCAGAAAAUUAUGCCAACCCCAGUCCCCAAGUCUCUGGACCCAGGUGUGGGUGACGAAAAAGCUGCUGCCAAGGUGACCACAUCACCUGGACCCCUCUUCUCAACCAGAAAAGCCACAAGUCUAGACGUGCAUGUGCCCAGCCUGAGGCAGAAACCAGCAGGAUCGCCAGCUGCCGAGGACCCAGAGAGCAACCUGUGUGUGGAGUAUGAGCAGGAGCCGGCCACUGCCCAGUGGAAGCCCAUGGGGCUGCUGGCUGCCCUGGAGCACAGCGAGCAAAAGGCUGGGGCACCUGAGGCCAACUCUGGGAAGGCACUUGGUCGCUCUACCUUGUCCCUUCAGUGUGAGAAGAGGCUGGCUGAUGAGCAGAGAGGAGGAAGGAAGAAGGUCCGGCUGGUCAGCUACCGGGAGGAGCCAGCACCUGGUACACAGGAAGAGAGAGCCAAGCUGUUCAUGGUGGCUGUGAAGCAGACACUGAGCCAAGCUAGUUUUGACACCUUUACCCAGGCCCUGAAGGUCUACAAGAGUUCCGAUGACCUCACAGCACUGAUGGCCUGCCUCAGCUGCCUCUUUGCUGAAGACCCCAAGAAGCACACACUGCUCCAAGGCUUCUACCAGUUUGUGCGGCCCCACCACAAACAACAGUUUGAGGACAUCUGCAUUCAGCUCACUGGUCAAGGCUGCAGUAGCUGGCCAGAGCCUAGCCUUUCCCACAGGCAGCAGGCACUGCCAGCCCUGGGACCCAGUGGAAAGAGGGAUCCUGAGUCCAAGCUGAACCGAUCCAAGGAGGUGGCCAAGCAGCUAGAUGCUGGAGUGCACCUGAACCGGGGCAAGCCUCACCUGUCUACCAGGCUACCUCCCACAGGAGAUGCCUGCGGCCAUCCAGAAGUGCAGUCCAGAGUAGAACAGCAGGGCCGGUCUGCUGUGAGUGCCUAUCUGGCAGAUGUCCGCAAGGCCCUGGGGUCCACAGGCUACAGCCAGCUCUUGGCUGCACUGAAGGCAUACAAACAGGAUGACAACCUUGACAAGGUGAUGGCUGUGCUGGCCGCACUGACCACUGCAAGGCCCGAGGACCUUCCCCUGUUGCAAAGGUUCAACAUGUUCGUGCGUCCCCACCACAAGCAGCGCUUCCUGCAGACCUGUGCAGACCUGAUGGGCCUGCCUGCCUCAGGCACAGAACUACUGGGCCCCCAGGAAGAGAGCCCCACCACUCCUGAACUUUCCAGUGGGGCUCCCCAACCAGGUCCUUCACAGUUACAGAGACCCAGAAGGAUCCAGAGCAAGAUCUCCUUCCUUAGACACACACCAGAUGAUCAUGAGGAACCCAGCCUGCCCCCUGGGCUUCCUGACCAUGCAGGCUUCUCGUGCCCAGGCUGCAGGGCAGAGGACACAGUGACCUUCCAGUGCCUCUCCUGUGACUUGCACCGCUGCCAGGCCUGUUGGCAACAGCACCUCCAGGGCUCUAGGACAUGUCCAGCCUGCUUUGCUGCCACCAGGAAGCAGAGCCUCACACAGGUCUUCUGGCCAAAGCCCCAGUGAGCAUCCCUGGAGACUCCAGGCUCCUGACAUGGCUCUACACUGGCCUGUCCAGGCCCACUGUGGGCUUCAGACAGAUGGGAGCUGUGGCUCUUGGCAUCUGAGCCCACCCCUGAGAAGAUCGGGUGGGUCACCUGGAAGAUGUCUCCUUCUGGGAGAUUUUCCUGUGGCUGGCUUGUGAGUGCUGCUGCUUGAGCUGUGUGCCUGCUCUUACUCAGGGUGGGGUCUAAUAAAAGUGUGGACAGUGGCACCCUAAGUGUUCAUCACUUUGAGCGAGCCCUACAGGAUCUGGUCCGUGGGCACCAUCUUCCCCUCCAUGGGUGGCCACACUGGUGCCGGCCACGCCCCAGGGUUCAGUCCAGGGCGGUUCCGGGAGGGGUCUCCCGUGGGCUGGGAACCGCCCUGCCCAGCACUGGGGUCAGCUGGCAGGGUGGGGGUGGGUGGAAGUAGGGGGUUCCCGCGGGGCGUGACGAGGCUGGCCCGCCCGCCCUUUGUGGCCCUAUACUUGCCUGGCAGCGGAGCUAGAGCACGUGGGGCGGAGAGCCGGGCUGCGCUCUGUGGGCGAACAAGGGCUCGGCGGCGCCAGAUGUACACUGUGCCGCGCCCCACUCCAGCGAGGACCAUGAGGGCGCCAGAGAGGCGGGGUCAGCCGCUGUCCCACCGUCCGUGGGCUUUGCCAGCCCUGCUGCUGGCGCUGGCCUUGCGCGGGGCGGCGGAUACACCCACGUUC